AUGCAAUCCCAGCACAUUAGAGCUGUUCGGUAUAUCAGUGAAGCCGUUGCCCAAAACAUCAAGCAUGAGUCCGCUUUUGCACUUCAAAGCCUCAUGGAAAAAUUCCAUGUUACCCAUGGGCACCUAAUGCUACAAGCGUUAUACGAGGCAUUCAAGCAAUUUUCCGAUGAUCGCCGUCAACUACGCAACUUUAUGUUUUCAGGCACAGCUGCUAACAUCGUCAGCACGGAACACAAGAAGCUUUUGUUUUUAGAAGAGCGUACUUCGUGGAAGUUGAAGGUUCUCACGCGCAAAUUUAUCAAAUCAUAUAGGCCGAACGUAUAUCUCUGUACUGUUUCUACGGCACUCAACCUUAGGCGUAAGAAAGGUUUGUGGCGUAGGAUCGGCAAUUCAUGGCACAUAUUCAUUUUGGAUGAAGCCUCGAUGGUACCGGCAGCUACUUUAAUGGCACUGAUUUCACGUUUUCCAAAUGCACUGGUAACGCUAAUUGGGGAUAGCAAGCAGCUUCCCCCCUACGUAGGCGUCCAAAAUGUUCCGUUCUCUGUCGCUGUAAGCUCUCGGUCAGUUUUAGAUCUGGUUGCGAAUCCAGCAUGGACACCAAUAUCUCACCUCCGAACGGUAUACCGCCCUCACAUCGAAGUGAUGCAACUCAACUCCGAGUUGUUUUACAGCGGCACACUCAUCCGCGGCGUACCAGUGUCCCUUCUCACUGGGUCGCAUAGCAAUACCGUAGAAGCGACCGCGGCGCAUGUGCUAGUACGUCUCCUUACAGUUAAAGGUAUCCCGCCAACAGAUGUCAUGGUUAUUUGCCUAUAUCGCGACCAAAAACUACUAUGCGAACGUAUAUUACAAGAAACUGGAGUCGUAGUAUCUACUGUAGAUAGCGCUCAAGGUAAGGAACGGUCCAUUGUCAUCCUUUGCACCACCCGCACUCAGAUAGAAAGGACCGCUGCGGCUUCUUUCUUUUCAGACGUCAAGCGACUCAAUGUAGCACUAUCUCGUGCUAAAGAUGGUAUGUUCAUCCUAGGUUUUCUUCCUUGCCUUCGUAAAACGGCCGUAUGGGCGAACAUAGUCGGAGAGCCGAUCGAAUGGGCGGGACGGGAGGCGAAGAUGCCGAGGGGGAUUCGAACACGAAGCGGCGUCAGGAACGGUCAGGAGACCGUCACUUACACUCCUCUCUCUUUGAGUCUCAUCGACACGUUGAUCUUUCUCCGGCUAUUCCAAGUCUAUGUACAUCGAUGUCGUGAAGAUGCCUUGUUUAUCCGCGCAUGA